UUAGUAUAUGUGAUGUAACAGAAUUAAAAUUAUAAACACUUUUUUAAUGAACAUUCCAACUUAAAAAUGUGCAAGAGUAAGAGGAAGUUGGCGGAAAAUUCGUAAACAUUCCCACCUUUACGUAAAUGCUUUUUAGUUACUAAAGUUUGAAACACUGGAAUUAGGAAAUCAGUCUUAGCCGUCGUCGCCGUCGUCACCGUCGUUGAUAGUAUCAUGAUAAAUUGCGGUGUUCUGUUAAGUAAAAAAGGAUAUCAGUUUAUUCAUAUUUUGUAUAUCCUUUAUAAAGCACGCAUGGUUAGCAACUUCGGAUAAUUCUGGAUUCCUAAAACAGGAAAAAAGUGUACAUGUGUGUGUCCGCGUUUGUUUUUGCAUGUGAGGUUGACGCAAAAAAUAAAUAAAACAAAAAAAAAAAAGAAAAAUUAAUUUAAUAUGAACCCAUCGACAACCUGUUUAGCCAGCACCUUUAAUGUUGACGAAAAAUCCAUUGCUCCAAAAGCAAUGCCUGUGUCGGUAUUGGCGAUGGCUGGACAAAAGUUACAAGAUACGGGCAACAUCUCGCGCGAAGAUUUUGAUGAUCCAGUCAGUUUAGAUGAAAUCAUAAAUGGCUUAUUUUUAGGCAACUUAACAGCAGCGACUCAUAUGGAAACGUUAAAAAAUUUUAAUAUUACACACAUUCUUACAUUAGACUCGGUGCCAUUGCCAAAACAUAUAACCGAAGCUUCCUUUUUAACCACAAAGUUCAUACAAAUUGCUGAUAUGCCGAAAGAAGACGUUCUCCAUCAUUUAGAUUCAUGUGUUGAAUUUAUUAGCUCUGCUCGGAUUACUGGUCAUAAUAUUCUCGUUCAUUGUUAUUUUGGUGUAAGUCGUAGUUCUACGGCUGUUAUAGCUUACAUCAUGAAAUCGCAUAACUUAGAUUACCAGACUGCUUUCGAACUAGUUAAAUCGAAGAGACGCUUUGUUCAGCCUAAUGUGGGUUUUGCAGCACAAUUGAAGUUAUGGCGUCGCAUGGGCUGCACAAUUGAUAAUCAUUAUCAGAAAUAUAAAAUCUAUCGUUUGCGCUUAGCAGGUGAACAAGUGCGUAAAGCUAAAAUUCUUCCACAAAGCUUUAGCAAUAUAAUUAAAUCUGAUCCAGCUAUAACGCAAGAGAAUCCUGAACCUAUAGUUUAUCGUUGUCGUAAAUGUCGACGUGUCUUGGCUUCCAAAUCUCAUGUGCUUACGCAUAUGCCAAAAAUCCAAAUUAGCUCAAGUACAAACGGUACAAAUAAUGUGACAGAUAAUCAAAAGCAAUCAGCCAAACUAAUGGAACAAAUUCCAACACAAGCACGUAAAGUAUCUUUAACAGCAACAUCGACAUCCAACUCAAAUGGCCAGCUAUCGGUGAUGGCAUCGCCAGAAAGGAUUGACCUUAACAAAUCUAUAGAGCAUUGUCAGAAUAUAUUAUUUGUAGAGCCGAUUGCUUGGAUGAGGCAUAUCGUUACUAGUACGCAGGGCAAGUUAAAUUGCCCUAAAUGCGAACAGAAAUUGGGUAAUUUUAGUUGGAUUAACGGUAGGAUGCCAGUGUCCAUGUGGCGAAGAAGUCUCACCAGCUUUUUACUUAAUACCCUCCAAAGUAGAACUUUCAAAGGCUGUUCAAAAUGUGCAAACUACUCUAUAGAUACGUGUAUUAUAUAUAUAUAUACUAUAAAGGCAUACAUACAUACAUACAUGCAUACAUACAUUUAUAACUAUUGAUAUGUUCAUAUUAACACAUACUAUACGUAUUUAACUAAGUCAACGUUGUUUGUGUGUUUAGUUAGGAAUCAAUGUUAUUUAUUAUAAAUGUAAUU